AUGUCGAAGAGAUGUAGAAAACAGAAAAAGUUUAACGAAGAGUCGAUAGAUGAAAGCAAUGGAACUGUGAGUGUUCUACCAACAGAGAUCGUAUUAGGUAUACUAUCUCGUUUACAUUUCCAAACAGUCUUUGACUGCAAACUAGUAUCCAAAAAGUGGCGAAGUCUCAUAGUUAGUACCCUUCCUUAUUUUGCUGAUAUGCACUUGCGUUUUCAUCGCAAGUUACUACGGCUUGAUGAUGAUAUCAAUAGCGGUGCUGAUGCUGGUAAUGAUAAUACUACAGAUGGGAGUUUGGGCAUUCUUUUCUCGAUUCAAUUCAUGAAUUAUGAUAAGUACAAGGUCGGAGUUUACUACGGGAACUACCACGACGACAAUAAACGGUUUAGUUACAGGGAGUCGACAUCCCUACUGAAUCAUCCUCAACUAAACAGCAAUAAGAAACAAAGUUAUUCUUUAGUUGGCUCGUGCAAUGGUCUGGUUUGUUAUCGUAUACCCUUCUCUGAUAAGCGUGGUUUCUACGUCUGCAAUCCCAUGACCAAAGAAUAUGUAUAUUUGCUUGAGGAAAAACCAUUUCGUUCUCUGAAGCUAAGCGGAUUCGGAUACCUUCCUUCUUCAAAUGAGUACAAGAUUGUUAGAAUCUACAGUGAUGGGAAAAUUCAAGUGUACACUCUCGGAAGUGGCAGUGGGUGGAGGGAUAAAGGAGAAGUCAAAGGCGAUUGGGUGAACUCAAAGGUAGAUAAAGGUGUGGAUAUAUGGUCGUUAAAGAAGAUGAACGGCAACAACAUCGACUAUACGAAAGAACAAGUUCAGUGUUGGACAUGGAGCAAGGAGUUCAGUAUAGAAGCUAAAGAUUGGAACUGGGAUAUGUAUGACCCGUUUGCCCUUACCAAUAGCGGAAAACUUCUGUUGUUGAAGAAACACCGUAUUCCACGGGGGCGUCACUCAGCAGCAUGUAAAGCUUUCCAGUUACGACCCUAA